AGGAAAUGGUGACGAUUCUUUGAGCAAGGGAGGAAAUCAGAGCAGAAUAAAAUUGGGUAUGCACACUCUCUGUAAAGGUAACAUGAACCAGCGGAAUUCGAGAUUGCAUUUGGUUCUGUCGGUGGUCUUCUUAUUUUCUGGCAACAGUUAUUCAUCACAAAAAAAUGAAACAGCCACAUCAGUGAUUCAUGCAACCCAGUCAGCUCAAACAGAGAAAAACAGAUUUGUUCCAUUAUCAACAGCAAUCACUCAUCAUGAUCUCUGUACUAACAACUGCCUCACAUUACAAGUGAAUAAUCAAGUGUCAUCAACAAUUCCACAAAAUACAUCCACAACAAGAUUCCUGGAAGCUUUCCACAAAGGAAACGCUGCAAGCACGAAGACAACCAAUGAACACCUACAGAUUUCUACAUCUGCGUCGAUCUCCCCACCAGUGACUAAAAAUAUUUCAAAGACACCCACGGAGAACAACAAAGUAAUUCUGAUGAUUGUGCUUCCAAUUCUGGGUCUUGCUUUGGUUGGUUUAGUGAUAGCCUUCCUGAUAAAUCAUACUCAUGAGAAAAAACAAUCUCUUGAUCAUGAAAUUAACAGUGAAAAUCCAGCCAGCCCGAUUUUUGAGGAUGAUGUAGCCUCAGUGAUGGAAGUUGAAAUGGAUGAGCUUGACAGAUGGAUGGGCAGCAUGAAAAAAAUAUCUCCACAAGAAAGUUUACCAGAUAUCAGUGAGGACAAAGACCUGAAACCCAAGUCAAGCGAUCCGGAAUUAUGAAACCUUUCUUCAAGCUAUGACAAAGACUGAUUCCCAUCAUUGAACGGAAAUAUUCAUUUGCACAACAGCCUUUCUGUGAUGGUUCUGUUUAGAUAUGUUUGUUUAUGGAUUGAUAUUUCAUGUAUGUUUUAAACAGGAAGUAUUUGUUUUUAGUUUGUUGACUUUUUUUAAAGUUGCAAAGGCAAAAAGGUUAAAGCUGCAGUGGCUAAAAAUCUGAAACUAAAAAAAAUCAAAUAAAAUGAUGCAAAUGUCCCACAAGCCUGUAAACAUAAAGAAGAGUAAUUUGUGAAAGGACCUGAUCCAAAAUGGUAACUUGUCUUUUAUACUUUUCUGCUGCUGGCAGAGUUGCUUAUUCUAAGAAUUUUCUCCUUUUUUAUUUUACAUGUAGCUGUUUUGUAAAAAAGAUUUUAUCAAUUUUUAAUAAGAUUCUGUUUUAUAAAUGUAACUUGUUCAUCAAGAUAAAGGAUAAUACAGCAAAAAAGUGAAAGGAAGAAAUAAUAUACAUGCAGUAUUGCAUUUCACACUUGUUAAUGCAGCACAAUUGUGCCUAAAAAUGUAGAGGCAACGCAGACUUGUGAAUGUAAAUAAUAUUUCUAAGAUGUAAACUCAUUCUGUUCGCUCAGUUUAUUAAAAUAAUCUAUAAAGAGCA